AUGGGCGUGGCGUGGGCGCAUCCGCGGCCUGGCUUGCCCGGCGUGGAUUGUCACGGCACGCCAAGACGGCAAUCUGAAGUCGAGUCGUCGUGGGGUGCUUGGAGUCUUCUUGGACACGUCGUCGUCAAGACUCGGCCGCAGCUCGAUGCCGCCAAGCAUGAGGGCAUCACAGCAACGAACGGCCGCAGAACCCCGGUCAUGCGCGCUAGCUUCGUCGUUCAAAACGAUCGAGACUCAAUUUCCCUGCAUACGAGGAUAUUGGCCAGCAAAGGGGCCUUGCACGACGAGGAGGAUCUUUUGGGCAGCUCGAAGACGUGGCGCUAG